UGUGGCGAGCGUGCGCGCAUUCGUAACGAUCGAAUGUUGUGCCGCUCAGUCAACAAAUCGCAAUCAGCUAGCCAGUUUAAUAUGUAAACUGACGCGGCCAAUAGCACAACAACUUGCUGGUGCAGUGCGGCUAGAAGUGAUGCCAAAUAGCGCGCGCGUUAACGAAAUUACGAAAAGCGAAAAAGUUAGUGAUUUAAAAGGAAAAAGUCAAACAAAAAGAUCGAAAAUUGCAAAACUUAUUGCCAACAUAAAUGAACUGCGCAAAAUGUUUCUCCGUCGCGCCAUACAAGUCGCCACAGUGUUGAUUUAUUGGUUUGUUAUUGUGCCGGUGAUUGCCAAGUAUUUGGAGGACAUCAAAUGGAUGCGUCGCGGCAAAUGGACACGCAAGAAAUUGGGCUUCUAUGGCAUUGCUGCAUUCACUUUCAUCUUCGUCUACUUUCUCUGCAUGUACGCGUACAUGUUGUGUAAGCGUUGGGAACGUAAAAUACUUACCGACAUGAAGCAGUCGGGCAGCAAGGCGGCCGAGUCUGAGGCACCCUCAGCAGCCACAUCGAUGGCCACCGUGGCCGAAAUAGAGCCACUCGAGCGUAUGCGUCCAACGCGACCAGCUCUUCUGCCAGCGCCAGCUGUUAGCAGUGCUAGUGCGCGCCUAUUGACUAAGGAGCAGCAGGCGCAGGAAAAGGACGCGAACGUGCAUCAACUACAACAACAGCAGCAGACGGGCACACGCAGCAAAGUGAAAAUUCUACGUUCAGCACCGAAAAUACCAACAGUACAUCGGCUAUUACCGUCACCUACAACCACCACAUUGCCGGUAAUUGUUACCACACCGCUGGCGCCGCUGCAAGAGCAGCCGCCCUAUGGCAGUGAACUCGAGGCGAAAAAUAAAAGGUUAAGUCGCGCGGAACGUUUAACAGCGGAAUUAGCGGAGAUUUUGCGGCGAUAUUAUCGCAUGAGUACGGGCAACGGCACUAAUAAGGCAACGACAACGAUGAUGGAGCGCGUGUGAAAAGCGAUUUGGGCGGGGUUAAAGAUAGCGUUGUGAUUGAACAGCGUAUUAAAGAAAAUUAGUUUUAUGAGUUUCUUAAGUAGGACACUUAAGCAGGAAUAAUGAAAGCUAUUGGGAUUUUUUCUAGCACACUUUGAAAUGGUAUUUUGAUGAGAAUCCUUAAUUGAAGCUUUUUAUUAUUGAAUAGCAAAAGCAUAAAUACGAAAUUUCGAAUGCGAAAAAAAAAUUAAAUUAGAAUGCGAAACUUUCGACGAAAUCUCUUUGAUUUAUGAACAAAAAGUGAAAAUAUAAGUAUGUAUGUGCGAAUAAAAUACAAAUACAAAUUUUAAUCGAAGAUAAUGGGAAUAAGUGAGGAACAUUUAAAAAUACUAAAACAAAAAUAUAACGAAAAAAGUGAAAUAAGAAAUGAUUAAAAAU